CUACAACUCCUCAGCCAAUCACUACAAACUCCUCAGCCAACCACUACAACUCCUCUGCCAACCACUACAACUCCUCAGCCAACCACUACAACUCCUCAGCCAACCACUACAACUCCUCAGCCAACCACUACAACUCCUCAGCCAACCACUACAACUCCUCAGCCAACCACUACAACUCCUCAGCCAACCACUACAACUGCUCAGCCAACCACUACAACUCCUCAGCCAACCACUACAACUCCUCAGCCAACCACUACAACUCCUCAGCCAACCACUACAACUCCUCCACAAACCACUACAACUGCACAGCCAACCACUACAACUCCUCAGCCAACCACUACAACUGCUCAGCCAACCACUACAACUGCUCAGCCAACCACUACAACUGCUCAGCCAACCAUUACAACUGCUCAGCCAACCGCUACAACCGCACAGCCAACCGCUACAACCGCACAGCCACCACUACAACUGCUCACCCAAAACGACUCCCUCAACAAACCACUGCUGCACCAGUCACCACUACAGCAAACCACCACUACAACUGCUGCCCAAUCAGCCCACCACCCAAAAUCUACACCGAUCCACCUCUGCGGGACAUCUGUUUGGAUCCCACUAAUCCAGCGGGUUUUGUGA